AAAUGUUUACAGUCCAUCAACAUUUUAUGAACAUGAUCGUCCGUCAGCACAAAAAUACUUUAAAGAUAAACUGUAGUAGACCUGAUUAUUUUAAAUGUGUAUAUACAGUAUAAAGAUGCAUCUGCUUUACAUUUUUUCAAUGUCAAUAUUGCUGAGGAUCGCUGAUGGGUUUACACUGAAGGGUUCUUCAGGUCCUCUAGUUGUUCCUCUGGGAGGUUCAGUGGUUCUUCCCUGUUCUCUUGAUUCACUCUUACCACUGGAGGAUCUGGAGGUGGAAUGGAGAAGAUCAGACUCACAGACUCUCAUUCAUCUGUAUCAAGAUGAAGAUAUCAGACCAGAGGCUCAACAUCAGGAUUAUCAUGAUAGAGCUCAUUUCUUCACUGAAGACAUUAAACAUGGAAACUUCUCUCUUCGACUAGAUCAUGUGAGAACUGAAGAUGAGGGACAAUACACAUGUAAAGUUUACAGUGGACACGAGUCUAAUGAAACUGUGGUGGAAAUUAAACAUGUUGAGCGUUUGAUAGUAUCAGGAUCAAGUCGCUCCAUAUCUGCAUCUGUGGGUGAUGAUGUCACUCUGAGCUGCUCUGUGAACUCUCACAUCAAACCUGAAGAGAUUGAAGAGGUUUCAUGGAGGAAAACAAAUAAAGGCGAACCCAUCACAGUUCUGCUUUAUCAAUACAAUGAAACUUUACCAGACGCAUCAGAUGAGCGAUACAGAGACAGAGUUGAGUUCUUCACUGAUGAAAUCCACAGAGGAAACUUCUCUCUCAGAAUGAAGAGAGUCACAACUGAAGAUAAAGGAGUUUACAUCUGUCAAGUGUUUAAUGGACGACUUUCAGCAAACACAACUGUAAUAAUGGAGAGACUGGGUUUAUCAGAUUUACACAUAUUGGUGUUGAUUCUGUGUAUUACUGCAUGUGGAUCUGCUCUUCUGUUCUGCUCUCUCAUUUACUGCAGACCGAACACAGGGUUCAUUGUAGAAGGUUAUAACUGUGUUCAUUUUGGAGAUGCAGUGGUUCUGCCCUGUUUCAUUGAUCCAUGUUUAAUAAAAGAAGAUCUAAAGGUGGAAUGGAGUAAAUCAGGUUUGGAGAGUCCAGUGUGUGUGUGUGAAGAUGGAGAUAUGAGACCAGAGGUCCAGCAUCAGGAUUAUCAUGAUAGAGCUCAUUUCUUGACUGAGAAAAUGAAGCAUGGAGACUUCUCACUCCUGUUGAAGAACCUGAAAAAAGAGGAUGCGGGACAAUACACAUGUAAAGUUUACACUGGACAAAGAUCUGUGUUUUCAGUCAGUGUGAGUUUGAAACACAAAGUCUUUUUUGGUUCGUGGUUCAGUGUGGAACAUUCUAGUGAUCUGGUAGUUCCUCUGGGAGGUUCAGUGGUUCUACCCUGUUCUGUUGAUUUACUCUUACCACUGGAGGAUCUGAAGGUGGAAUGGAGAAGAUCAGAUUUAAAGAAUCCAUUGUGUGUUUAUCAAGAUGAAGAUAUCAAACCAGAGGCUCACCAUCAGGAUUAUCAUGAUAGAGCUCAUUUCUUCACUGAAGACAUUAAACGUGGAAACUUCUCCCUCCUGUUGAACAAUCUGACAGCUGAAGAUGAGGGACAAUACACAUGUAAAGUUUACAUACAGAAAUAUGACUUUUCACUAGGCAGAAAGUUGGUACCGAGACUUCUAGUUUCAGGUUUCUGUCUUCAGAUGCUUUUGGUCUUCUGUCCAAAUCUCAUCAUGUUCUUUGCUUUUAUCUUCUGGGGUGUUUCUGAAGGUUCUGUGAAUGAGAUGAUCUGCUGCUGUGCUCUUUAUUUUCUCAGACCUCUCACUUUACUCUGGGCGGCUCCAUAUAUAAAUGAUUUUAAAGACAAAAUUAAAACGCUGAUUUUGAAGUGCAGUUAUGUUGCUGAAUAUUGUCUUUUGGCAGCUGUUUCUUAUUCAGUUCUUCUUACAAGUACUUGGGAGAGAAUUCUGAAUUAUGCAGAUUUUGACAAAGUUGUGAUAAUAAUCCUGUACGUAAUAUUGUUUCUGUCCUGCUUUUGCAAAUUUAGUAACAUUUCAGCUUCACAGAUUGGAAAUGGAAAAGGACGAAUAAAUGAUAUAUUGGAUAUUGUGGCUGAUUUGACUUUUGAAAUACUACCUACAUUAAAAUGCGUCAUUCUGUUUUAUACGUUUGCAUCGAGUGGAGGAGGACUCGUCGCUAUUGCUGUUUUACUAGUUUUACUACUGAUGGCAAACGAAAGAACGUUUUAUAAAUGCGGCAGGUUGGGCUGGUCAUGGCCCGUUAUAAGAACAGUUUGGCUCCUGGUCAUAAUCAUUUUGAAUAUAGUGAUGAUCGGUCUUUACAUCUUUACACUGGAAAAUGAAACAGAUCCUAUUGGAUGGGUUUGUGUGAUGCUGUUUCUGCAGAUACUCUGGACAGUUGUGAGAUUUACAGAUCAGACUUAUUACACUUUUGCACUGGAUUUUCAUCGUUUUGUCGCUCUGUAUGUGUUUGGAUCAGUUGGUGUUGUUUUAAUAAGCGCUGCUGCUCUGAUCACUGAACUAAUACUGAAAACAGUGAGUGGUGAGCACGUAAUGACGGAUAUGAGAUUCAUUGUCUUUCCCUCUGAAUGUGUCUUCAUCUUGUCUGUGAUGAUUUCAGGACAGCUUGCAUCUGAGAUUAUAACCUGCCUGCAGUCUUGUAAGAAGACAUUGAGAUCUAAAGUAAAUUCAUCCAGAAGAUCACAGCGGAACAAGAACCAAGAUUCACAGGAGGAUCGGGUGACACUCGAGCUACUAGAUCAAACCAGAACACAGCAGAAUCCAAUGAACUAAAUCCUCAACUGAAGACUGAAGACCACGAGACUCAGAUUCAUGUCUGAUUCAUGUCCAGAUUCAUCACAUACACUCUGAUCAUUAGAUCAAAUCCUCAUGAGAUCUGACAGAUUGAAGCACAGCUUCCCAGACAGGUCUUAACACCGUGUCCAAACACCUUUUUAGUGUGCCUCAUUACAAGGUAGUCCAGAUGAGUAGAAAAAAAAGUGUGUAUGUGUAUAUUACAUACAUACAAAUACACAUAAUGUAUAGGCAGCUUAAUGUCUAUGCUGCGCAUCGGGUCCUGAUCACAUUGUUGAGGGUUAUUUCUGCGAUAACAACCUGCUGUCUGUACAUUAUCUCACUUAAUACAUGGCUAUCUACCUCAUAAGUAAGGUAAUACAUUGAAUAUUGAUUUGAAAUAUUUUAUUUGCUCAUUUUUAAUGAAUAAAGACGCGAGGAAAACCCAUGUACUUUCAGUUUUAAGAUAUGACAAGACGUUUAAAUGUCAUGGAAACACUUUUUGGUUUAAUCAUUUGUAAAUAUAAUGUCAUAUUUGUUAGGGUUUUGUCUGUGGGUUUCUUGUUUUGUUUCUUGUUUCUUUAUUGUGUUCUUGUAUUGUCAUUUCCCACGCUUUGUCUUGUUUUUGUGCCUUACCUGGUGUUUUUGAAUAUAUUUAACUGCAUUUGGAUCCACUCUCCUGCUUUUCUCUCGUCCGAGUGCAAAUCCUGACAGAAUUGUUAUUAAAAGACAUAUUUAUAUUUAUUUUUGUGUAAUUUUUAAACUGUACCUGUCAAAAUGAUUUGCAGCAUCCGGGUUACGAUGUGCUCCAGGGACGUGCACAGACAUUUUGAGGGGCAGGGGCUCAAGUGAAAUAAAGGGCACUUCUCAUAAUUAUGUAUAAAAAAGUAUAUAUAUUAAUGCAAUUCUGACUUCCUUUUUAAAAAAAUAUUAAAAAGUUAAUUAAUUUUAUCUUCCUCAAACUCACGCAAUUGUUUACUUUUCAAAAGAUGUCUACAAAAUAAUCAGUUGUUCACACAGACACCAUGGUCUCCUUAGUAGUCUAGGUUUAUAGAGCAGGAAAGGAAGCCAUUACACAAUGUGCAUGUUUUGAAAACAUUAAAUUACACAUUAAUUACAAAUUUGUUAAAAUGCUAAAAACAAAGUUGUGACUGCUGAGUUAGCGCUACAUGCCAAUAAAUGCUAUAUCAUAUGCUACCGUUUAGCUGAUUAGUUGUUACUCAAAAUGUAUUUUUGUCUGAUAAGGGCUCAAAAUAUAAGGUCUGUUUACUAAUGUGAGCUUCUGGCAUGAGCCUCAGAGCAGAGCUCAACAUUAUUAUUCAUGACCCUUUCAAAUAGGGCAAAAAUAGACCAUUUCAUUCAAAUGACAAAUUCUAGGGUUGUAAAUGGACAUGUAAAAACGUUUCUGGAUAAUUUUUGCACUUAAUAAAUUAUCAAAUAACAAUUUAACAUAUAAUGACAACACAUCCUAUGGCAC